GGAAGGGGACCGCGGACAGCUCCUGCCUGAAGCAGAGUCACACCGGAGGAGGAGAGGGCUGGUAUGGGGGAGCCGCGGCGCAGGCCCGUCUGAUCCACAGAAAUACUGUUUAUGUUUUUUUGUUUUUAGGUUUUUGUUUUUCUUUUCUUCAUGUGCUCACACCGGGGGAAAAACACCACGACGCCGAGCUGGAGAGGCCAUAGGGGGACUGGGAAACAAGCGAGCGGGUGAGGAGAAGCAGGGGACCACGGCUACUGACCCAUCCCGGAGCGGCGGCGGCGGGAAAAGAAGGAGACCUGAUUCCGCUCGACCUGAUGGACUGAGGACAGAUGAAUGAAGACCGCCUACACUAACGCCUAUCGAUGCCUGGCCAAGGACCUGGACGCUUACGCCAUGAACACGGACAUGACAAUGGACGGCAUCGGCAGCCUGCACGGCGGGGUGUCGGUGAGCUCCGUGGCGCCUGACGCGGAGCUGAUGAGCGGCCACAGCCCGCACCACGGCCGCGGCGGCGGCGGCGGCGGCGGCUCGUCGGCGGCGGCUGCUGCCGCCACCCUGCGGAUACACCAGGACCUGGCCGCCGCCGCCGCCGCCUCCUCCCGCUCGGCCAUGGUGUCCGGCAUGGCGUCGAUCCUGGACGGCAGCGGGGAGUACCGGCCGGAGCUGUCGCUGCCGCUGCACCACGCCAUGAGCGUGCCGUGCGACUCGUCCUCCCCCGGGAUGGGCAUGAGCGGCACCUACACCACCCUGACCCCGCUGCAGCCGCUGCCGCCCAUCUCCACCGUGUCGGACAAGUUCCACCACCACCACCACCACCACCAGCAGCAGCGGCUCCCCGGGAACGUCAGCGGCAGCUUCACCCUGAUGCGGGACGAGCGGGGGCUGCCGGGCAUGAACAGCCUCUACAGCCCCUACAAGGAGCACAUGUCCGGGAUGGGUCAGAGCCUGUCCCCGGUGCUGGGCAACGGCCUGGGCUCCAUCCACAACCCCCAGCAGGGGCUCCACAACUACGGCGGCCACGACAAGAUGCUGAACUUCGACCCGGCCACCGCCUCCAUGCUGGCCCGGGGGGACCACCACCAGCACCGGGGCCUCGGCGGCCCCGCGGCCGGGAUGAUGCCGCACCUGAACGGCAUGCACCACCCGGGUCACCCGGUCGCGUCCUCGGCGGGCCACCACCCCCCACACCCCCACCUCCAGUCCCCGUCCCACGGGCCCGUGUUGGCCUCUACCCGGGACAGACCGCCCUCCUCCUCGGGGGCCCCCGGCCCGGGCCCCGGCUCCGGGCAGCAGGAGGAGAUCAACACCAAGGAGGUGGCGCAGAGGAUCACGGCCGAGCUGAAGAGGUACAGCAUCCCGCAGGCCAUCUUCGCCCAGCGGGUGCUGUGCCGCUCCCAGGGGACCCUGUCGGACCUGCUGAGGAACCCCAAACCCUGGAGUAAACUAAAGUCCGGCCGGGAGACCUUCAGGAGGAUGUGGAAGUGGCUGCAGGAGCCCGAGUUCCAGAGGAUGUCGGCGCUCAGACUGGCAGCGUGCAAACGGAAGGAGCAGGACACGGCGAAGGAUCGCAACAACACACCAAAGAAGUCGCGGCUGGUCUUCACGGACCUGCAGCGGCGCACCCUGCUGGCCAUCUUCAAGGAGAACAAGCGGCCGUCCAAAGAGAUGCAGCUCACCAUCUCCCAGCAGCUGGGCCUCGAACUCACCACCGUAAGCAACUUCUUCAUGAACGCCCGCCGCCGCAGCCUGGACAAAUGGACAGACGACGGAGCCAGCCCCGGCGCACAGUCGUCAGCGUCCAGCACUUGUACCAAAGCAUGAUGGGAGAUGGCGAGGAUUUAAAAAAGGGGGAGGGCGGGGGGGUCGAGGGAUCAGGUUUCAUCCGGUGGAAAGCUGGAUGAUGGAAACUUUUUAGAUACUUUUUCUUUUCUUUUCUCAAGGGAGACAAACUGAGAGGGGCUGCUCACUGCCACGACUUGUAGCCAAAUCGCCUUUUGCAAAUUUAUCAUGCGUCCAUUACGAAAGCUGAAGGGUUUAAACAGAUCUCACCGGGAGGGAAACCUUUAAAAUCACAGACUUUCACUUCUGAUGUCUCCUUUAGAACAACAGGCUGACACAAGCCCAAAAAAAAACAACAAAAAACAAAAAAAACCAAAGACUAGAAGACAGUUUAUGUUUUCUAUUAUGCAAUAUAAGCUAGGAAACAACCAAACAAGAAACCAAGAAAAGCUUUAUGACUGCAGAAUGUGAGAGAAACUCUGGGAUAUUCAACAUUUUCUGUGGAAACUUUGUUUUUGUUUUAGCCCUUAAAACGUCCAAAGAUGCAUCAGUUUAGGGCCGAGGUCUUGUUCACUGGAAAAACCGUCACGACUUAUUAAACAAAACAAACUGGUCGGUUCAGGAGGCCAACAUUUAACCAAAAAUAUAAGAACAAAAAAAUGUGCUAAAAUAUAUCAAAUAUUUGAGUCUUCAUUUGACUUCUUGAGGUAAGGAAACGGCAAAAUAUGCAAGCACAAGCAUUCACCCGACAGACAUCUCAGCUUUAUGUAGUGUUCAGUGGAGUAUUAGUGUUGAUAUAUAUUAAUAUUUAAAAUGUACGUGAGCACAAUCUUGAAGCACAUUUUCUUUGCAAUAGAACCGGGCCUGACAGCCGAGCCGAGUGGGUUUCACAUAUUAGAAAACUCAGGAUGUCAUAUUUUCUAAAAAAAUAAAAUAAAGUGGCUGAAAUCCAUUCGGCGUGUGUCACUACAUGACGAGAUUUAUACCAAAAAAUACAAUAAAAUACUUGAUUUUUACAGCUUUUAAGAGUCAUUUCGUGAAAGUAUUCCCAAAGUCUGCACCCUGACCAACAGCUACACAAACGAUUCACUGAGACGUUACAUCAACUUAUCAAUAAAGGCAGCACUUUUCACAAAGCAUCUUAGUUUUAGACUUUUAUUUUGUUAAAUAUACUGUGCAAAUUUGUGCUUAAUAAAGUGGUCAACUAAAGCCUUAAACCCUGUCUACAGAACUCCAAGUACAGACAUUUUUCAUCUCUGCCUUUACAAAUUUAACAAAAAUGUUGAAAUACCCAAUAUGCACCACUAGAGGGCGGUUGUGUUUUGUUUUCUGUGACACCGUGAUUGCCAUAUUUUGAGAACACAAAUCCACCAAAAUUUCUUGUUUUUAAAUCGUGUGGACAGGAAUAAAAAAAAAUACCAGAAAAUGCUUUUAAAUGUCUGGAGUAGUGGACAGGGCUGAAAUGUUUGUAACUCACUGGGCUGCAACUGUCAGGUACAAAGAUGUAGACAAAAAAUAAUAAUCUGUAAACUUGCCCGAAAAAUUAUUCUGAAUGAUUCCUGAACUCCCAAAAUUCACUUGGAGUACAGCUUUAGAUGAAGUUCAGACGAUCGCAACGAGUGCUAGCACUGCUAGCCAAAAUGUUAGCGUCACAAACUCCUAAUUUUCUAACUAGAAGUGUCGCUAACACUAAACUAAUAAACAUAAAAAUAAAUAAAUUAAUAAAUUAGCAGAAGCUAAUGCUUAACAAGUAAAAAUUAUUGGACGCUAACAGCUAAUUGCUAACCGCGUACACGUCUUUGCCUUUUUCCAGCUGGAGACUGGUAGGACUGACACAAACCUGUUGAUGUUAGCUUGUUAGCUAGCUGGCUUUUAGCUAGCUGGUCCGCAUAAAGUCAGUGAAAAAGCUAAUCCGCUAUUAGCGGAUUAGCGGAACCGUGCUCACCACUGGCUAUAUUUUUUAAAUUAUCUUUUUUUGUUUUGUUUUCUCAAAAAAUUUAAACUUCAAAAGUCCUGCAACUCGAGAACCUGCAUUAACUUUUAAAUUUUGAAAGCCAUUCCCCAUUCACCACCAACAUUUGCCGUCCAGUGAGCCAUUAGCGUCACGGUUGACCCCCAAAACUUUCAGGCUAAAAAGAUUCAAACUGUUUUCAUUAAAACUAAGAUGCAUUAGGAAGCUUCCAGCUGCCUUCAGACGUGCAACCCUCCCAUCACAACCCAACAGAACCAGCAUCUGGACUCGUGCAGGACGAACUUUCCGGGCGAAUCAGGGCCUUUGUAAUAGUUAAAGAGGACAAUCUAAAGACGAUGCCUGGCUAGUCCGUCCCUUCCUGUGAGUCAGUUGUCUGGAAAACCAAACAAAAUUAAUCCCAACGCUUCGAGUACUCAACCAUUAAUCUAAAUGUCAAAUUAUUUUAGGUCAUCAGGAAUAAAUAUUCACAUCUGGUUUUAUUUUACAGAGUUAUAAGACUUUGUAGCAGCGAUAGAUGCUUGGUAAAAAGGGAUAGCUAGCCAACAGAUGAAUUCUCUCUGUGACGGCUGCUAACGCCCAAGCAUUCAUCCAAUCUAAUCUUACAACUCCUAUUUUUAUAAUUUUUUAUUAAAUGUUACACUGUACAGACUGAUGUAAAUACCACCAAACAGCCAUCAACUUCAGCUCUGUUUUCUUUCACAUCUGCUUUUACCAUCAAUCAUCGUUCACUCAAGCUAUCAAACCAAAAAAACAAAACCAAAGCAAAGGCGUCAGUCAGCAGCCCCUGCUCCUUAGAAAAACCAGGCUGGCUCAGUCUGGGUUUAGAGGCAGCCAAAGGCUUUAAGAACAUUUUAAGAUCCAAAAAAAAAAAAAAAAA